AUGGGAAACUGUUGGCCAAAUUCAGAUCAUGACAGUAAAAACCAACAAAACAGUACUUCUUCUGCAGAUGGGAAUAAGGAAAGAUAUGGCGGAAAAAUUGUGACGCCGAAUCUGAAAAUGUUCACAUUAGAUGAGUUGAAAAGUGUGACAAGAAACUUCAGGCCAGAUACAGUUCUAGGUGAAGGUGGUUUUGGACAAGUUUUCAAAGGAUGGAUCGAUAAAAACACUUACAAACCAUCUAAAGUUGGCGUUGGAAUUCCCGUCGCGGUUAAGAAAUCCAGCGCCGAUAGUCUCCAAGGUUUACAAGAAUGGCAGAGUGAAGUGAAAUUUUUGGGGAAAUUCUCGCAUCCGAAUCUGGUUAAACUACUUGGAUUUUGCUGGGAGGAAGAUCAGUUUUUGCUUGUGUAUGAAUACAUGCAAAAGGGGAGUUUGGAAAGUCACAUAUUCAGAAGUCCAGAACCACUUUCUUGGGAUAUAAGGAUGAAGAUAGCUAUAGGAGCUGCUAGAGGAUUGGAUUUUUUGCAUACUUCAGACAAGUCUGUUAUUUAUAGAGACUUCAAAUCCUCUAACAUUUUGCUUGAUGGGGAUUUUAAUGCAAAGUUGUCUGACUUUGGGUUGGCAAAGCUUGGGCCAGUCAAUGGGAGGUCACAUGUAACAACAAGAAUCAUGGGCACAUAUGGCUAUGCUGCCCCUGAGUACAUGGCUACAGGUCAUCUUUAUGUGAAAAGCGAUGUAUAUGGUUUUGGUGUUGUUCUUCUAGAAAUGCUAACAGGCUUGAUAGCACUUGACCCAGCUAGGCCAACAAAUCAGAUGAAUUUGGUGGAUUUCACAAAGGGAUCUCUCCAUGACAAAAAGAAACUCAAAAAGAUAAUGGAUCAAAGAUUGGAUCAACAAUAUCCAUUACCAGCAGCAUUUCUUAUAGCCCAACUUAUUCUUCAAUGUUUAGAGGCUGACCCAAAAAAUAGGCCUUCUAUGGAGCAAGUAUUGGAAAUUUUAGAAAAGGUGCAAACUAUUAAAUACAAACCCAAAGUUAAAAAAACGACAAGUUCGCAACAACAACAACAAAAUAAGAGACCAAAAGAACAUCCUAUCAAUGAUCAAUAA